GCUCUGAGUUUCAGCAGGUGCAGCAUAUAGAAUCCGGGUUGCUUUGGAUUUUUCUUUUUUGGAUUUUCCUUUUGGAGAUCAGGUUUUAAAACAAAACAAUGGGGUGCUUCACGUUUCUGAAAGUAAUGAUGAUCCUAUUCAACCUGGCCAUAUUUCUUGGAGGAGGAACGCUGUUGGGUGUCGGAAUCUGGGUGAGCGUGGACAGUAAUUCCUUUCUAAAGAUAUUUGGAUCAAUCUCAACAAGUACAGCUCUACAGUUUGUAAACGUGGGGUACUUCCUCAUCGCCAUCGGUGCCAUACUGGUUCUACUUGGCUUCCUGGGAUGCUGUGGAGCUCAGAAGGAGAGCAAGUGCCUCCUUAUUAUAUUCUUCUGCAUUAUCCUGAUUAUCUUCAUUGCGGAGGUAGCUGGAGCUGUGGUCGCCUUGGUGUAUUCCUCUGUGGCCGAAAGCUUUUUGCAGUCUGUGCUGACUCCUGUUCUACAAAAGGAUUAUGGCAAAAACCAGGAAGUGACGAAAGUUUGGAAUACAACCAUGUCUGAUUUAAAGUGCUGUGGUGUCACUGGCUAUGAAAACUUUCAUAAUUCUACCUUUGUGAGAGACAACAAUGUCUAUCCUUCCUACUGCUGCAACACCACCACAGCGUUCUGUAACGAGAAUAAUGCAAAAACCUCCAACAUAGAGGGUUGUUUUGGGCAGAUUCUGAACUUGAUUAAAAAGAACGCAGCAAUUGUUGGUGGUGUAGCUGCUGGUAUCUGUGCAUUGGAGCUUGCUGCAAUGGUGGUAUCCAUGUACCUCUACUGUCAUCUAGACAAAGGUGGAAGCAUUCACUGAUCGGAAGGAGCCUGGACAAAUUAAUUUCUAUGUAUAAUCUAAGAUGCACUUAU